AUGCAAGAUUGUCUUUAUUUCAGCUGUCCUUACUCAUUCAGUGUCCUCAAAAGGUGUUCGCAGAUGCUUCAAAGUCCUUGUCCAUGUUUCGCUAGUCAUGAUGAGUUCCUCACUUGGUCUGUUCAGAAGUUCAGAGGGAAAAAGGCAGUUGCAAUAGUAGUCAGAUUGGUAUGGAAUGUGGCUGUCAGCAUGUUAUGGCGUGAGAGAUGCUCUAGAGUUCAUGGAGACAAAGCUGUCUUGAGCAGUGAGGUAGUCAGAUCAGUUCGUAGAUUGAUAGAAUUAGCCCGAAUGGAGAAUGCAUGA